UCAACACAGGAGAGCAAUCCACAGACUGAAGGAAGAGGAGUUCUUACACCCAUGAGAAAAGUGGCCCUGGGGUCUUCAAAGGCAGCUCACCCGGGGCCUCAGAAGCAGCUUCCUAGCAGGCACACUUCAGAGCUGGGUGAAGAAUGAGUGCUUGCUUAUAAAAGGGUCCCGCCAUGUCCUGCUCCAUAGGAGGGGAGACGGGGACGCAGCAAGGUAGGACCAGAGUCCCAGUGGAGCCAUGCUUGCUGCCUCUGUCUUGCGUCUGACACUGCUGCUCUGCUGGCUGGUUGCACCCCAGCCCACCCAGCCUGAAAGGCUUUUCCACAGCCGGGACCGUUCGGACCUGGAGCCAUCUCCUCUGAGCCAGGCCAAGCCCAUUGCCGACCUCCGUGCUGCUCAGAGAUUCCUCUUGAAAUAUGGCUGGUCAGAGGAGCCUCGCCCAAAGGAGUCAGCAGGGGUCCCUGUGGGCUCCACCUUGGCUCAAGCCGUGCGUAGAUUCCAGAAAGCGAACAGAUUGCCAGCCAGUGGGGAACUAGACUCACCUACACUGGCAGCUAUGAACAGGCCACGCUGCGGCAUCCCUGACACAAAGCUGCCACCUCAGGCUGCCCUGCCAACCCCUUUAGGUCUCCGGCCCAGGGCCCGACAAAAGCGCUUCCUUCAAAUGCUGCUGCCCGAGCCAGGUGGGCAACAUGAAGGCACCUCAGACACUGGGCCCAGCAGGGCCUUCUCCAAGAAGACACUGACCUGGAGGCUGGUGGGGGAUGCCUACAGCAGCCAGCUCUCUGUGGAAGAGCAGAGGUAUAUCUUUAGACUGGCCUUCAGGAUGUGGAGUGAGGUGACGCCACUGGACUUCCGGGAGGACCUCACUGGCCCCAGCACCAUGGUGGAUAUAAAGCUGGGUUUUGGGAGAGGCCGGCACUUGGGUUGUCCGAGGGUGUUUGACGGGAGUGGACAGGAGUUUGCACAUGCCUGGCGUCUGGGUGAGAUCCACUUUGAUGAUGAUGAGCACUUCACCCCUCUCUCCAGUGACACGGGCAUCAGCCUUCUCAAAGUAGCUGUCCAUGAAAUUGGCCAUGUCCUUGGAUUGCCUCACACCUACAGGGCGGGAUCCAUAAUGCAACCAAACUACAUUCCCCAGGAGCCUGCGUUUGAGUUGGACUGGUCAGACAGGAAAGCAAUUCAAAGACUAUAUGGAUCAUGUGAGGGAUCAUUUGAUACAGUGUUUGACUGGAUUCGCAAAGAGAGGAACCAAUAUGGUGAGGUGAGGGUGAGGUUCAACACCUACUUCUUCCGAAGUAGCUGGUACUGGCUCUAUGAAAACCGUAACAACAGGACUCGCUAUGGGGACCCUCUCCAAAUUCUCACUGGCUGGCGUGGAAUCCCCAUGCAAAGCAUCGAUGCCUUCGUCCAUGUCUGGUCGUGGGGAAAAGAUGAACGAUACUUUUUUAAAGGAAAUCAAUACUGGAGAUAUGACAGCGAGAAUGACCAGGCACACACAGAAGAUGAACAAGGAAGGAGGUAUCCCAAAUUGAUUUCAGAAGGCUUCCCUGGUGUCCCCAGUCCCCUGGACACUGCCUUUUAUGAGCGGAGGCAGCAGUUAAUUUACUUCUUCAAGGAGUCUCUAGUAUUUGCUUUUGAUGUCAACCAAAACCAAGUACUUAAUUCUUAUCCAAAGAAGAUGAGCCACGUGUUUCCAGCAAUAAUGCCACAAAACCAUCCAUUCAGAAACAUCGACUCAGCUUACUACUCUUAUGCACACAGCUCUGUCUUCUUUUUCAAAGGCAACUCAUACUGGAAAGUAGUUAGCGACAAGGACAGACAACAGAAUGUUCAGCUUCCUCUGAAUGGCUUAUUUCCCAAAAAAUCCAUUUCAGAGAAGUGGUUGGAUGUUUGUGAUGUUCAUACCUCUACACUGAACAUGUAAUGAGAUCAGGACAAUUCAGACAGUGCUAGGACUUAGAAACAGCUCUAAGAGAAAGUCAGACUUCUUUGCAAAGAAAACCAACCAGAUUCUUCGUGGCUAAAGCAAAUAUGGCUUCCCAGGCUAAAACUGAAAAAGAAAGCAUUACUUGAACUUUAAAAAUAAAUUUAAGGAUCAGUUACUUGGGGAAAAAGUAUCUUUUAGAAACAUCAAAUAAUUUGCCCUAGGGAAUCCCCAUCUUUUCAAUUUCACAUGACCUCUGCCAUCCCAAUAGCACCACCAGUAGUCACAGCAUUGUGUGGUACAGAAAUGGCUUGCUUUCACAGCACUUAAACUGAGUACUGGUCUAGGGUAGGACACAGAAUUGAAAUUAACUAUACUACACAACACAUCAUAAUGACGUGUUUAACAUUUGACAUGAACCAAAGGUCCCAAUGUGUCUUAGUCUUGUCUGUCUGGCACAGCAGACAGGCCUGCAUCUUUGCACCCUGCAGUGGUCGCCUCCUGCUGCCAAAUGCAACUUGUCUGUGCACACAGCUCACCCUUAACUGGCUGUGGCUCUGAAUGCAUGGCCUUUCUGGCUCACCCUAAUUGGCCUGGUGGUCUUCUCUCCCUGCAAAGCUGUAAACAAUUGUUUAUGUCCUGCAGGCCAGGCCACGCCACAACAGGGCUCUGGAAGCUAGAUGGGUAACUAAUUUUCCUAAUCUAGGACAGGCAUUAUCCUUUAUCUUCUACACAAUAGGGAUUAUGAUUUUUUUUGUU